AUGACAUCUUCCAAUUAUGCAACUCCAAAGUGGUGGAAGGAAGCGGUAGUUUACCAAGUCUAUCCCGCAAGUUUCAAGAGCAGGAAACCUCCAUCUCAAGCAGAUGGUUGGGGCGAUGUGCGUGGCAUAACGGACAAAGUGCCAUAUUUGAAGAGCCUGGGAGUGGAUGUUGUCUGGACCAGUCCUAUUUACAGAUCCCCGCAAGUCGACAUGGGCUACGAUAUAUCGGACUAUGAAGAAAUCGACCCGCGCUAUGGAAACAUGGCGGAUGUCGACUUGCUAAUCGAAGCUCUGCAUAAACACAAUAUGAAGCUUAUGAUGGAUCUCGUUGUCACUCAUACCUCCGAUCAGCAUGAUUGGUUUAUUGAAUCCGCUCGGUCGAAAAUCUCCCCAAAGCGCGAUUGGUACAUCUGGAAGCCGCCGCGCGGAUACGAUUCUGUGGGAAACCCUUUGCCUCCGAACAACUGGGCCCAAAUCUUGAACGACUCCCAUAUUGAUCUGAACUGGGAGAAUCCCGAUGUGAUCGCUGCCGUUCACGAUGUUAUGCACUUCUGGUUGAGCCGAGGAGUUUCAGGAUUUCGAAUGGACGUGAUCAAUCUGAUCUCUAAGGAUCCUUCAUUCCCCGAUGCCCCAGUCGUCGACCCCAGUUGCCAGUUCCAACCCGGAGAGAGAUUCUACACUAAUGGGCCGCGCUUCCACGAGUUCAUGCAUGGAAUAUACGAGAAUGUUCUCUCAGAGUAUGACACCAUCACCGUCGGAGAAACAGCCUACGUCAGCGACAUAAGCGAAAUUAUCAAGACCGUCGGAGCAACUGCCAAAGAACUGAAUAUGAUCUUCAUCUUUGACCACAUGGAAAUUGCGGAUGUCAAGACCAAAGGAGAUUCGAAAUGGAGUUUGCGCGACUGGAAAUUGACAGAGCUCAAACAGAUCUUCUCCGCUUGGCAAAGAAACAUGAUCGAAUGGGAUGGAUGGAAUGCACUCUUUUUGGAGUGCCACGAUCAGGCUCGCUCGGUGUCGCGCUACGUGGACGAUAGCAACAAGUUCCGUGCGCGUGGUGGCAAGCUACUUGCGCUUUUGCAGUCGACUCUCGGUGGUACCUUGUAUCUCUACCAGGGUCAGGAGAUUGGGAUGCGAAACUUUUCAGCGGACUGGGAUCCAGAUGUGGACUACAAGGAUAUAGAAAGUAUCAACUUUUGGCAGAAGGCGAAAAGGCUCUAUUCCGACGAUCCGGUACAAAUGCAAAAGGCAAGAGAGCUUCUUCAGAAAAAGGCCAGGGACCACGCCCGAACGCCAAUGCAGUGGAGCGACGAGCCCAAUGCAGGAUUUGCAGCAGCCAACGUGACACCAUGGAUGAGAGUGAAUGAUGACUUUGUCACGGUAAAUGUGAAAGCGCAGAUGGAAUGCGAAAGCCAGGAUCUCUCUGUCUGGCAAUACUGGCAGCUCGCUCUACGCCACCGCAAGACGUACAAAGAUGUCUUUGUGUAUGGCGACUACCAGGACGUGGACCUGGACAAUGAGCAAAUCUAUGCAUACCUGAGAACAGGUGCGCAGACAAAAGAAAAGUGGCUGGUUGUGAUGAAUUGGACUGGCGAGAACGUAGCCUGGAAGAUCCCUGGGUCGCUAGAGGUGGAUUGGAUGGCGUCUUCUUCGCUCCAAAGGAGCAUUGCCGUUGGCAAUGGAGCAACUAUUAGACUUCAGGCCUGGGAAGGAGUGAUGAUGUGCUGCAAGUAG